AUGUGCCCGACCGCCUCGAUUAUUGCGCAAAUUCUACCAACUUGGACCAUUGUUCGAGUAUGCUGCUCCGGCACUGUAGCCCAAAACAAGGCUGUAUCAGGCCAGAUACCAGACUCGUCAUCCCAAGCACCACGAAGACAGGAUUUCAUGGCCUCUACCUGGGCGCGGCACACGCCGAUGGCGCCUCGUCUCGUCACUUCAGGUUGUUCAUCGACAAUAAUGGACGAGGGAUGGCCACUGAUGACAUCCGGUGAGGGCGAUGAGUUCAAUAUUUUUGCCCGAUUCAGCCGCCACCGAUCAUCAGAGACUUUGCUUAUGAGAACAAAGUUAUUUAUCGAGUUGGCCAAUAGCCUGUGGUUUCAGGUCAACACGACAGGACUUGCACGCAUACUUGAGCAUGAGCUCUCAACACCCCCGACGACAUGA